CCUAUUCGACAGACACUCAUGCAGCAGGUCAUCUUCGCUUGGUUAUGUUGAUGGGCCUAGUUCGUGUGGAGGGAAAGUUUUGAUGGACGCGUUGGAGGCCGACUUGAAUAACAGACGGAUAUUCCUUAAAGGGUGUAAUUUUUUGGAUAGCAAAGAGUUGGGACAACAGACACACAAGCGGUUACCCGUACACUUUAACACCAAACGCCAUGCCUGCCUCUAACGAGAAUACACCGAGACGCUCUUCGGCAUCUCAGCCCUCGCGACCGGUCCCUUCGAGACUGCAGAAUGUGCGGGUUGGAAUAAACCAGCUAUUUACAGGACGGUCAAUGGUUGGGCAACCCAGAAGUCAGUCGCCUGAAAGUCCAAAGACACCGCGGUUGGCACUUGGCCUUCAGAAUCUGCCCUCGACAAGAAUCAAUAUUCCCUAUCUCAAUCGAACCUCUUCGACGAGCUCCGACAGAAGCACUCGACCUAAUACCACUGUCCCACGGACUACUCGAAAUCCAUUGACUCCGUUCGGCUCUCGCCCUAUACCUCCUAGAGGCCUACAACAAGAAACUCGAGACUCUCCCGACACGACCAUUCCGCCCCCAGUCCGCCGCUCUUCUGGGCGAAGGUUUGUCGGUGUGGAUCCAGCGGAAUUACAUUUGGCUGAAUUAGCACAAGUUGGAAGACGGAGACGGAGACAAAAAUCAAGAGCUAGACAUAGACAUGUGGAACGAAGAUGUGGCCCAAAAAUAAAGAACAGAAAGAUCCGGCAAAAGAUUCUGAGCUGCUUCGUCUCAGGAAUUUUCCUCACUCUUGUGUUGACCGUCUACCUUGCGUUGGCCCUCUCAAACCGAAAUGAGAGUCAGGAAUUCCACGUUCUCUUGAUUCUCAUCAUUUUGGUAACCACCAUCUUUUUCUGCCAUGCUUUGAUUCGACUCUGCAUGAUGAUCAUGCACCCUCCAUCCGACGAUGACAUGGAGAACCAAAUUCUCCCCUCAAUGAUUGGCCCUGGAGGUUAUGCAAAUCCUGUUAUGCCAAUUCGAGUUGCACUAGCCCGUGAUGAGGAAGCCGCUGGGAUUGAGAGCGAUGCGACAAAACUCCCACCUCCGGCUUAUGGGCUUUGGAGAGAAUCUGUCAGAGUGGAUCCAAACCGCAUCUUCUGGCAACGAAAUGAGGAGGCUGCACUUGGACGCCAAGAUGCUACGAGCCGGUCUGAAGGACGCCCUUCGACCGCUCACAGACCACCGUCGUAUAUCUCAGAAGAUGGUGUAGAUUAUGUGAUUGAGGCGGCACCUCGAUCGAUUGCUCCAACCACCGACGUGCCUUUGCCACCACACCCGUCAGAAAGGGGACGGGUGUGGCCCAUGCUAUAGCUCUUCCCAAAUUAUCCCUGUAUCUAUAUAUACCCGUAUCCGAUGUCGAGUAGUUUUUAGCGAGCGUACUGUAUUAAUUGAUU